AUGGCACUCCAUCUUGCGGCCUACUCCCUCCUUGUCCUUCGAGCAUAUGCUCUUCCUCCCGAGGUCUCUCCCGAAGAGAAAGCUUUAAUAACCAAAGCUCCGACCGCCACACUCGCGGUCUAUGAAUCAUAUGCUGGAGCAAGACGAGGCAUAAUCGACGACCUGACUUCCGAGCUGGAUUCUUAUGUGAAUAGCGUGUUCAGCGAGCUAGGAUCGGCUAUUCCAUCAUAUGUCUCAAACGGCUUGCUCCCAAACCUACAGAGUCUGCCGACUGGCAGCGCCGUUGCGAGCUCUGUGGGAGCGAGCAGUUCCGACCUUGCUGCUUCUCCUACACAGGUUCUGAACAUCCCUGGAUACGGAAAUUGGACAGACAAUGGAUGGAAUCUGCGAAUACACGGGAACGUAUUCAAGCAGCCAAACAUCUCCAAUGCCACUGUGGACAAACUUGCCAACUUCUUUCUAAUUGAUACCAGUAUAGCUGACCUGCCGCCAUCGCAGCAGGACCAGGCCCGCAAUUUGACAAGAGAGAUAUAUGUGGUUCAACAGGGAAACCAAUCAGUUACAAUGGACAUCCUCCCAGGCCCUGAGUUUGGCUCUAGCGGUCAACCAGGAGGAGGUGGCGGUGUCACACCAACCGGAGGCGAGCAAGUCAUUGCUCUCCCCAACCCGACAACGCCAGAAGGAGACUUCGAUGUCUUCGUACCAAUAGACAACAGCUCUUUGGCCCUAACAGCAGGAACUGGCGAAGUUCCAGCUCAAAGACUGAACGUGUACGCCCAAGGCACCGACACAGGCAAUGCAACUUCGUAUCUCAUCUCCGACCAAGGCCUCACAGUCAUCAGCGACAUUGACGACAUCCUGCGCGUGACCAAAAUCUACGAGCCAAAAGAAGGCCUGCUCAACUCCUUCGCCCGCCCGUUCACUCCCUGGAUGAACAUGCCAGACAUCUACCGUAACUGGUCCACCUCGCUCCCCAACUUGCAUUUCCACUACCUCACCACGACCCCCGAACAAAUCACCCGCAACUACAUGCAAUUCAUCUACGACACUUACCCCGGUGGCAGCUUCGACACCCGACCUCUCAACUUCAGCGACGUCUCCGCGACAUUAUCCAUCCGCAAAUUCCUCCUCGACAAGAUUUUCCAGACCUUUCAGCACCGCAAAUUCAUUCUCAUCGCUGACACUAGCAACUCGGACGUCAUGCGCGAUUACCCGGAAAUGGCUACCCAAUAUCCCGGACAGGUACAGUGUAUAUUUUUGCGCAACACCUCCGCCACGGACUCCGGCGACAAGUUUCCUUACAACACUGAGGGAUUUAAGGAUCUCAACCAGCAGUCGUACAUGUUCUUCAAAGUCCCUGACGAUUUGACGGGCCUAGACAUCGUCAAUGGGCAGUGCCGCAAUGCGUCUAUCCCGCAGAAUCUCACGUUCGGGUACCAGGGCCUUCCUUUCGGCCUUAUCACGGGCGAUAGCGAGAGUGGGAGUAGCAACAGUAGUGGCGGCAGUGGUAACGGAGCGAAGAGGAUCACGUUAUUGGGCACUGAUGGAACCCACGCGAAGAUCGGAACAUUAUUUAUGCUAGUUGUAGGUGUUUUGGUUUUUAAUGCUUUAUGA